UACUAAAAGCUGACAGGAAGUAACCAAACCGGAAACGCUCCGUGUGAUAGAUUUGCACACAUGUCCGCAGUGGCUCUUCUGUCCGCCUUCAGACAGCCGUUGGUCGCCGGUCGCCAUGUGACCCCCGGGGCCGAACCUCCGCCAGGACCACCGCCGUCAUACGCAGCCCUCCGACCGGUAAACGACACCUCCCGUCCCCGGUGUCGUCCAACUGAACAGCAACACGUCGCCUUAACUCCAGCGGCGGCCUCUUCCGUUUCUUAAAUCCACUUACCGGGGCUGCUCAGCUGUCUACCGGACCUCCAGUGCCUCUAACCCGGGGAACCAUGCGCUCCUUAGCCGGACUGGCUGCCAUUGUGGCGGCGGCCACCGUCUACCUCUACCUGCUGUCCAGUCAUCUGCCCACGGGACACAAGCACCUCCAGGCGGACACCGAGGAGGCGGAGGAGCCGGUGGAGCAGGAGUACAGACUGAAGUUCCCAUCAGACCUCGAUGAGCUGCGGGAUCUCGCAGAGAUGCUCAAGUUCUAUAAACAAGAACAUUACGGCUACGUCCUGCUGCUGUUCUGCAGCGCCUACCUGUACAAGCAGUCCUUCGCCAUACCAGGCUCCUCCUUUCUGAACAUGUUGGCCGGUGCGAUCUUCGGGCCCUGGGAGGGUCUCCUGUUGGCCUGUAUGUUGACCACGUCAGGCUCCACCUUCUGCUACCUGCUCUCAUCAACUUUCGGAAAGCAGUAUGUGGUUCAGCUGUUUCCUGAGAAGGUGGCGCUGCUGCAGAGGAAGGUUGAGGAGAAUCGUAGCAGUCUGUUCUUCUUCCUCCUUUUCCUUCGUUUCUUCCCUAUGACUCCUAACUGGUUCCUUAACAUCACCUGUCCCGUCCUCAACAUCCCUAUGCCCAUUUUCUUCUUCUCUGUGUUCAUAGGGCUGAUCCCAUAUAACUUCAUCUGCGUCCGAACGGGCUCCAUCCUGUCGGAGAUCUCCUCCAUGGAUGACAUCUUCUCCUGGGGGACGCUGGCCCAGCUCCUGGCCAUCGCCGUCAUGGCCCUGGUCCCCGGAGCGCUCAUCAAACGUUACAGCAAAGGACACCUGAAGGUGGACGACAUGGACUGCAACGGGCCCAGCCAGGCCGACGUGAAGCAGGACCGAAAGAGGCGGUGAUUUCAGGGACCUAGAGACCCUAACGGAACCUCCUGUGACUGGAGAUGAAAAACUCUCAAGUGGUGGGCAUGUGACCUUUAUCCACUCCAGUCUUGUGAUUUCUUUCAGGUCACAUCACAGGCUUGUCAUACCUUCACCAUAAUCUGUCUGAAAUUUUAGAAAUGUCUUGAGGUCAUGUUGCUCCCUGUGUGAGACCUUCGUUUCCCUCUGUGACGACUGCAACCACUAACUAUACCUUUACACAAAGUAUGUAAACACUUUUAUUUUAUUUUAUUUUAUUUGCACAUCAUAAAACAGCAAGAGAAAAAUUAAAAGACAACAACAUUCAAACAACUAACAUCAUCGUGCAAGAGAGGAUAGAAGUAAAAAAAAAAAAGGCUUAUGUGAAUACCUCCACGGAAACUUUAUGAAGGCAGAUACAGUAUUUAAGGCUUCUUGUCCAUAAUAAGAAAUAAGAGAAAUAAGACUGUAAAUGAGGUGAACAGUUCACUUUCUGAGAAAAAUCUGUGAUGCAGAUUAAGAUUAGAUUAGAUUACAUUACAUUAGAUUACAUUAGAUUAUAUUGAACUGUAUUGAUCCUUUGGGCAGAGCCCUGAGGAAACUGAGGUUCCAAUAGCACCACAACACCGAAUGCACACACACAAGAGAUACCACAAGAAAAUAGCAAAACAAUAAUUAUAAAAAACAGAAGUGAAAAAAAACAGACAACUGCACAUUAGGAAGUACUAGUAGAAAGUAGCAAAGUAGUAAUAAUAAAUCAUAAUAAUCAUAAAUCACGUCAUAAUAAAGCGAUAAGAGUAGUAGUAGUCAUAACAGCGUAAGAUAACAUAAGUAAGAUUUGCCUAAAUUGUUCAUAGUACUCUGAUUUCCUGACAUAAUGAGAAAGUCAUUGAACACUUCAUUUACAAGCACAAAAUACUCUGUUUUCUUUUCCUCAUUGUGAAAAAGACCUUAUCCCCCCUAAGCUCUUUACAUGGUUCUGACAUGCAAUAUGGAGGAUAUUGUUGGCAUCACAAUAGGACUUUUUUUUUUUUUACAUGUUUGAGCGUCCCUUCACCACCCUCUAGAAAAGAUCAACGUUGUAAUAUUUGGUCUAAGUCUUUUUAGUGUUGAAGUAGGAGGUUUUCUUCCCUUGGAUCAGAAGUAUGGGCUUUUCUUUCAGUUGUACAUCUUUACAUUGUUCAGAACUGACUGUAAACAGGCACAAACUGAGGUAAAAACACCAGUGGAGAUUUAUAUCCUGAAAGAGUAAGAAUACUCUUAAAACCCAAAUAAUACCCACAUACCCUCAAUAUCUAUAUUGGAAAAACCUUCAUUCAGAAAAACACCUGAUACGAGUAUGUCAACACUGUGUCCAUGAUCUGUAUUCAGUAGUUCAAUUAUUAUGCAGCAUGUAAAUGUCCUGACUGAGAAAGGAGUGAACACAUUUUUCUAUUCUUGCCAUAAUACCCUCAAUUUAUAGUGUUUUUGAAAUUAUGAGAUGACAUUGAAACAUUAAGUGGCUUUAUAUUCUAAAUUAUGAAAAUUCUAUGCUUUAUACAUUUUAUAAAAGAUUUUUUAUGAUCUGAAUUUAUAUAAUUGAAUCAUACAUUUUUUCUUAAAUUUACUUGUUAAAAAACAAAAACAAACAUAUUUUACAAUUGAUAUUUUCCAAAUGAUUUUCUAAUGCUGCAUCUGUUCCAAAUUAUCCACUAGGGAAAAUUUGCCUUAUUUUGUUUUUUCUGUCCUCCAACAUUUCUACGCAGCAACUCAAGAUUUUAUAGACUCAGUGUCACUGAAUGGAGCACUGUUUUGCAGAUGUUCAGAAGAGGAAACACUCAGCAGGACAGUCUGUUCGACCUCUCACAUGUUGAUUCGGUUUGCAGUCAUCCCAGUUCGUUAACAUCAGAAAUAUGUUGUAGCUUCAGAUGUCUGUCUGUCUUUUCCUACAUGUUUUAAACCUUUUACACGUGUGUCUUAAUGAGUUUGUGGCUGCGUUUACAGACAGGAUGUGAUCCUCUCAUGAUGGUUAAAUGAAGAAAAGACUGAAAAAUACUCAUGUGAACAUGCUUCUCCAGUGCGACGUGGUGCUGUAGGACUGUUGUCAUUAGUGUUACUGAAUUACUGUUCAGGGUUGAACUUGCACUAUUUAUUUUUUCAAGACAGUAUUUUACAAAUAAGAGAAUAUUUUUAGAGAAUAGUCUUAAAAUGCAGAUGUUUUCAAGAAAUCUAACCAGCAUUAUUGACGCCUAGUGCCUUUGAAUGUGUUUGGAACACAUUUUUCAGAUUGAGGUGUUUAAUGCCUGAUAAUGAGAUGGUUUUUUUUGUGAAAUAGAAGUAGUGUCUUGGAUACUAAAUGUUGUUUCCUGUUUGACAGUGUUUGGUUAAAGUUCAGGGGUUUUACAGUCAUAGUUUAAUAUCUGCUUCUUACUUUUUCUGUAAAACAUAAGCAGUACAAUCUCAUUUUAAUAAUGAUAAUUUCAUAAUCAAUGUUUACUUUCUGCUAUGUAACAGAGGUUUUUGUGUCCUGAUAAAUGUAAAAUAUGUUUUUUUUUUUGCUGCUGACAAUGUGUGG